AUGACGCCAGUGCCACCCUCAUCGCUGUCGCCUCGAUUGACUGAGCAGGCAAUACCAGGACCGCCAAUCUCCACUCUCGCCUUCACUGACGCCUCUCCUAGCACUCUCACUUCCAUCACCACCGCGGCACCGCUGCCGCGUCCCGCUGUGGACGAGGGGAGCAAUGCCGCGCAUGCAGCGGGAGAGGCCCCAACUGAGACCACGCACAUCAUCUCCGACGCUCCACAACCCACGGAGAGAUCACAGCGCGACGCAGACGAGUUACACAACCGAUACGCGGCAGAGAUCGCGCAACUCGACGUCCUCGAUGUCUUUCCGCUCCGCCCUCACGAGCGCCGCAUCUCGUUUAUCGAGUUUGCGCGCUGUCUUGCCACCCGUCUCUCCGUCAGCCCCGACACGGGAGUAGAGGUGGAGCGGGAUGACCUCGCCUCCGACCGGUACGCACCCUUUCUCAUCUCCGUCACCCUCGAGAACACGCAGGAUCUUAAGGCGCUCAUCUGCAACUUGACGAUGCCCUACCGCUACAUCGUACUCGCUCAAAACGGCGACACGCCAGAGGUGACGCCUUUUUUUCACCUGCUGCGCCGCGUGUUCGCCUUCACGAGGCGGCUGACGGUUUUCCAGUUUCCCGACAACAUUGGCUACGCCGGCGCCGUCAAUGCCGGUCUGCGUGAGGCCCUCCGCCACCCGUUCAGCGAGGUGCCCUUUCUCCACAUUGUGCACAACGACGUGCGUUUCUUGUUCGCGUCGCUCGAACAGGCUGUGGCAGGCGCCUACCAGACGACAGCGAGGGACAAGGAUAUGAUUGAAGCCCUGGAGGAGGAGGUUGCGACAGAGCCGAACGAGUACACGCCGCUGAUCCGGCAACCCGACGGCUUGCGCACGCCGCUUCUGCCGGGUAUCCCGCUUCCCCAGCAACAUGACCGCAAACUGGUUGUCGUCACGUCCGCGCUGUUGCCGGACCGUGUUCGGUACAUGACCCCGUCCAGGCGCGCGGAGCUGAUGGUGGGGUACACGUCCUUCAUGUUCGCCAACAGCCGCGGCGAGUACACGAGCGUUUUCCUUUCGCGCCUGGCUGUGCUGACGGUCGGCUUCUUUGACGAGAAUUUCUUUCCCAUCCUUUACGACGACACGGACUACCGCUGGCGUGCACACCUGCUCGGCUUCGUUGAAGACUAUAACGCUGCGAUGAACAACCAGGUCAUCUCCUUCGACCUCGACUGCGUCAACCAAGCCACGAGCGACGUCGACGGCGAUGACAAUGCGGAGGGUCGAUUCGGGGGGCUUCGCAAGGCAGCUACGGGGCCGACGCUGUCCCCGGACGGCAAGGCCCUUCGACGUGAGUGCCGCAAGGCUUUCUAUGCCGGGGUGCAGUACGCGUAUAUGCAGCAGAAGUGGGGCGUGGAGUCCAUGACGGAGCUCAUGCAGGCGUACACAAAGCGGGAACCCUUUAGCGCCGAGGCGUUCGCUGGUAAACGGCGCCUGCCGCUGGACGCGUGGGUGGUGGAUAGGAGCCGGCUGACGAACCUGCGGACGUGGCUGCGCGACGUGGGGCGGCGCAUCCUUGACGUGGAGAGCUAUAACACGGACGUCAUUCUGCGGGCUGUCAGUCCUUAG